CAAAAAAUAUCUCUCCAUCUUUAAACAUGGAAUUACCAUAAAAUGAAACCAUCGACAAGUUUUAAAGACGGCCAUUAGCCUAUUUCACAUGAAACUCGCCAGUAUAGUAACAAAUCUCAGUGUAGAAUUAAAUAAAAUGAUAGCCUAGGACAAGGCCUAUUUGCGGAUUACUCUUGGUGUUUGACUAGGCCUCCUGGGAUCACUGUUUCAGAGAGCAUCUUCGAGAGAAAAUAUUUCUCAAGAUCAUGGGGUUUGCUAUUGCCAGGCGUUGAUCGCCCAUCCAACAAGAUUCUGUGAGAUAUGGAAGCGAUAUGGCUGUACCAGUUUCGACUUAUCGUCAUUGGGGACUCGACAGUAGGAAAGUCGUGCCUGAUCCGGCGAUUCACCGAGGGACGCUUUGCGCAGGUGUCCGACCCCACAGUCGGUGUAGACUUCUUCUCAAGGCUAGUGGAAAUAGAGCCAGGGAAACGCAUUAAACUUCAAAUCUGGGACACUGCUGGACAAGAGCGAUUCAGGUCUAUUACCAGGGCGUACUACCGCAACUCUGUUGGUGGGCUACUGCUGUUUGACAUCACCAACCGUCGCUCCUUCCAGAAUGUGCAUGAGUGGCUGGAGGAGGCCCGCAGUCAUGUCCAACCUCACAGUAUCGUCUUCCUGUUGGUGGGUCACAAGUGUGACCUGGAGUCCCAGAGGCAGGUGAGCCAGCAGGAGGCUGAGAAGCUAGCAGGUGCCUAUGGCAUGCGCUAUGUGGAGACAUCGGCUCGCGACGCCAUCAACGUGGAAAAGGCCUUCACUGAGCUAACGCAGGACAUCUUUGAGCUCGUGAAGAGCGGUGACAUCAACAUCCAGGAGGGUUGGGAGGGGGUGAAGAGUGGCUUUGUGCCCAAUGUGGUGCACUCCUCAGAAGAGGUCACCAAGAGUGACCGCCGGUGCCUCUGCUGAAUGUCCUGUCUGUCCAGUUGGCUUUACCCCCCCCCCCCCCCCCUCGCUCAGCCCAUGUAUUCCUGUAACAUUAUGACCCAUUAGCUCCCUGUCUUAUCACCUGGCAUUUAUUUGGCUCUCUCACUCCUAUCCUGAAUACUGGAAGGCCAUAUCAGCUCUAGUCUACCACUGGAGCAAAAAUGGACAAAGCGAUGUGGGUCGUUCCAUGAAAAGAGUGCCUUUUGUGUCCCUUGGAUAUUUUAAGUAGAAAUUGUGCACCAAUAUUGAAUUUGAAUAGCUUGUUGCAUUUUGACAUGUCCUUCUCUCAACCCCGUGUCUCCUCUAGGAGGAUUUUAACCCACUUAAUCCCGACAUUUCUCAAAGUACCAUUUUUUUGUUGCUUUGUCAAAGUUAUUUCUGAAGAUUAUUAUUCAUUUCAUGUGAUUAGUAAUUAAUUUAUGUCCGUCCCUCAUUUUAAGGUCAACUGAACUCCCGUUUUAAUAUGGUGAAGCUAUUCCUUUUAAUAUAUAUAUAUAUAUAUAUAUUUAUUUUAAAGAAACAUUGAACAUCCUAAUAGCGAAAUCAUAGAGUAAAAGCAGGUGAGCUGGUUCUACAAUUUUGGGCCAUUUUCUGGUGUUUUGUGGUGGAAAACUGAGCGGGUUGAGCACAACACAUCAACCCUGUUACCCAUAGAUAGACAGGCCAGAAAUAUAUUUUCUUUUGGGGGGGGGGUGAAGCUCGCAUUCAAUUGCUAAUCCUUGUGCACACAACAAGCUUCUAUUGCCCCUACACAAGGGGAUUGAUGGCUGGUUUCAGAUGAAAUCGUCAACCCUGUUAUGGUCAACCCUGUUAUGGUCAACCCUGUUAUGGUCAACCCUAUUUGGCACUUAAUAGGCCAUUGCUAUAGGAAUGGGAACACUUUUUUUAUGAAGUUGAACAUGUGCUGUCACAUUAUGACAGAAUGUUAAAAUUAGGUGAAACCCCCCCCCCCCCAAAAAAAAUGUACCAAGUUACACUUCUCAAAAGGCACCAAAUUGGUGGAACGACCCAAUUGCCAAAGUAACCUUCCUCGCCUCUGUCUUACCUCUUAGAUGCACUUGAAAGAAAAGAAAUCCCCUGCUUUAUGGUGAGAUUUUCCUCUCUGUAGUUAUGCCUCAUCUUGUGCCCUUACGGAAGGAACACACCUCAAACUCAAGUCUCUCCUGGAGUCUGGAGCGCUCACACAACUUUCGGGAGGUCACCUAACCUCCCUAGUCUGUUGCUGGCUGGUGUGUGCAAUACAAGGGGACACCAAAUCUAGCUCUGCUCUUUAAACCCUCUCUAUGGAAAGAUCCAAUUCACAGAGGGAAGCAUGUGUUGUAUUAGCACUGCGUGGGCAUGCGGGGAAUGGCACACUGCAGUGUGCAAUGCCUCCGAUGGCACCACCAGACAAAUGAACAACCUGAGAACACAUCAUUGCCAUCAUCCCUUUGAUCAUAGAUAAGAUGGAACCAACGUUUGUGUGUACCGAUUCAGUUGCCAACUGUGCUUCUAUAUGAGUAUCCACAGGGAAUUUGUACCGUUGAGUGUGGGUAUGCACUGUGAAAUGCCUAACAUCAAUGUUUUUAUUGCGGUUUGCGUCCUCGUUGCUCAUAUUAAAUGCACAGUUGGUGACAGAAGGUAGAUGUACAACAUCAUCACCCCUUUUAGCUACCCUGUCCAUCGAUCAUAAUCAUUACAGAGAAUGUGUCUCAUGAGAAAGCCGUUUUAUGUACUCCGUUGGCUUAAACUGUACGCCCACCCCUUAAACAUUGACAUCUACCCAUAUGCCUCCUGAUGAACACUGAAGCUUUAAAUGGGGUCGGCUGCACUAGGGUUGUUUGCCUUUAGUGUCUUAAGACCUUCAUACUGUAUGGUCGUAUGCUUGUAGUUUUAACACGAUUAUAAGCAACAUUCUGCAUAACGCAACAUGUCCGAUAUUUCUUCCCGCCCUACACUGUAAAAAAAUAUAUAUAUUUAAAAAGGACUUUUUUGGAUCAACCUAAAAAAAUUACUCCAACUGGUUACAAGUAACUAAGUUAGGGUUUCUCAAUUGAAAAACAACACAUUUGUUGAAACCAAAUACAGUCAUAUGAAAAAGUUUGGGCACCCCUGACAAUUUCCAUUUGGGUGUUUGGAUCAGCAAUUUCAUUUUGAUCUAUCAAAUAACUGAUGGACACAGUAAUAUUUCAGUAGUGAAAUGAGGUUUAUUAACAGAAAAUGUGCAAUAUGCAUCAAAACAAAAUUAGACAGGUGCAUAAAUUUGGGCACCUCAAUAGAAAAAUCACAUUCAUAUUUAGUAGAGCCUCUAGACGCUUCCCAUAGCCUCUAAUGAGUGUAUGGAUUCUGGAUGAAGGUAUUAUGGACCAUUCCUCCUUACAAAACAUCUCCAGUUCAGUCAGGUUUGAUGGUUGCUGAGCAUGGACAGCCUGCUUCAAAUCAUCCCACAGAUUCUCAAAGAUAUUCAGGUCUGGGGACUGGGAUGGCCAUUCCAGAACAUUGUACUUGUUCCUCUGCAUAAAUGCCCUGGAGGAUUUUGAGCAGUGUUUUGGGUCAUUGUCUUGUUGAAAUAUCCAGUCCCGGCGUAACUUCAACUUUGUGACUGAUUCUUCAAUAUUAUUCCCAAGAAUCUGCUGAUAUUGAGUGGAAUCCAUGUGACCCUCAACUUUAACAAGAUUCCCAGUACCGGCACUGGCCACAGCCCCACAGCAUGAUGGAACCCCCACCAAAUUUACUGUGGGUAGCAAGUGUUUUUCUUGGAACGCUGUGUUCGUUUGCCGCCAUGCAUAACGUCCCUUGUUAUGACCAAAUAAAUCAAUCUUUGUUUCAUCAGUCCACAGCACCUUAUUCCAAAAUGAAGCUGGCUUGUCCAAAUGUGCGUUUGCAUACCUCAAGCGACUCUGUUUGUGGCGUGUGCAGAGAAGGCUUCUUCUGCAUCACUCUCCCAUACAACUUCUCCUUGUGCAAAGUGCGCUGAAUUGUUGAACGAUGCUCAGUGACACCAUCUGCAGCAAGAUGAUGUUGUAGGUCUUUGGAGGUGGUCUGUGGGCUGUUUUUGACCGUUCUCACCAUCCUUCGCCUUUGCCUCUCCGAUAUUCUACUUGGCCUGCCACUUCUGGCCUUAACAUGAACUGUGCCUGUGGUCUUCCAUUUCGUCACUAUGUUCCUCACAGGGGACACUGACAGCUUAAAUCUCUGCGAUAGCUUUUUUUUUAGCCUUCCUCUAAACCAUAAUGUUGAACAAUCUUUGUUUUCAGGUCAUUUGAGAGUUGUUUUGAGGCCGCCAUGUUGCCACUCUUCAGAGGAGAGUCAAAGAGAACAACAACUUGCAAUCGGCCACCUUAAAUACCUUUUCUCAUGAUUGGAUGCACUUGUCUAUGAAAUUCAAGGCUUAAUGAGCUCACCAAACCAAUUGUGUGUUCCAAUUAAUCAGUGCAAAGUAGUUACAGGUAUUCAAACAGAAUGACAAGGGUGCCCACAUUUUUGCUUAGCCUAUUUUUCACAUCUGAUUUAAUUUCAUACAACUUAAUAUUUCUACACUAAAAAUCUUUGUCUGGACAAUACCCCAGUACUCAGCUUUUAUUAGAAAAUGAAUGGCAUGCCUCUGUGAUCAUUUUCUGUGACGACAGAGUAAAUUAUUAUGCAGCCUCAGAGGGGUGCCCAAACUUUUUCAUAUGACUGUAUAUGAUUCAAUGACGACAGUUUUAUUUCAUUAUUACCAAACCUAUAUUUGAAGUUGCAAUGUAUUUUUUUUUUUAAUUCAACUUACUUUCCCCCUUUCGGUUAAACCUAAUAAAUAACAAAUACAAACUCA